AUGGAGACCGAUCUUCGCACGGAUUCUGCAGACUACAGAACUGAGCUUCUAUCACCAGCUGCAACCCCACCGGGGCAGCAUGUUCCUCAGACGCCAGCAUGGCAACUCAACAUGGAUGGGAUUCAGUUGCCAGAGAAGCACACAUAUUCUGGGUUUGGUUUUGGACAUUUUCUGAAGUCACUAAGGAGACGAAAACAUAUUGCGGCAUAUUACAAGAGGCAGGAAAAGAUUCUGGAAGGAUUCACUGAAGUGGAUGCAUUUACUGAGUUAGGCACGUUGCCUGGAAGUUUGACAAAGGAUGAAAUGGAGCAACUUGCGAGGAGCGAGAGGAUGGCAAUAUAUGCAUCAAACAUAGCAAACAUGGUGAUUUUUGUUGCAAAAGUGUAUGCUUCGGUUGAGAGUAAAUCACUGGCAGUGAUAGCCUCCACCUUAGACUCCCUUUUGGAUCUUUUAUCAGGUUUUAUCCUUUGGUUUACUUCCUCUGCUAUGAGAAAACCCAAUCAAUAUCUCUAUCCUAUUGGAAAGGACCGAAUGCAACCUGUGGGCAUUGUUGUUUUUGCUUCAGUAAUGACGACUCUUGGAUUACAAAUAUUGUUCGAAUCAGGUCGACAACUUAUUUCAAAGACUCAGCCUGAAAGGGACCGAACGAAAGAAAGCUGGAUGAUAGGGAUAAUGGUGUCGGUGACAGUUGCAAAAUUUGUGCUUAUGGUAUACUGUCGAAGAUUCAAAAAUGAAAUUGUAAGGGCAUAUGCUCAAGACCAUCUCUUCGACGUCAUCACCAACUCUAUCGGUUUAGCUGCGGCUGUUUUGGCCAUCAAAUUCUACUGGUGGCUCGAUCCUCUCGGGGCUAUUCUUAUAGCUUUAUAUACAAUUGGUAAUUGGGCAAAGACUGUGAUGGAGAAUGUUGAAUCAUUAAUUGGAAAGACAGCGCCGCCAGAGUUUUUAGCGAAGCUAACAUAUCUGAGCUGGAACCACCAGAAGGAGAUUGAGCACAUUGAAACAGUAAGAGCAUACACAUUUGGCCUCAACUACUUUGUGGAGGUUCACAUUGUGUUGCCCGGGGACAUGUCCCUUGGUGUGGCACAUAAUAUUGGGGAGUCCCUCCAGGAGAAGCUUGAGCAGCUUCCUGAAGUUGAGAGAGCAUUUGUUCAUGUGGAUUUUGAUACAACUCAUAAGCUAGAGCAUCGGCCAAAGGUGCUCUAA